GAGCUAGGCCUUGAGCGAGGCGGUUCUAGGGUGGUGGUUACGCUCUGCCCUUUUCCUUCUCCCACGGCUGGGUCGACUGAAAAUCUGGCCUGUCGAGUCGUGCGUCCUCGGUGUUCACCGCUCAGCGUCCUCUGGACUUUGGGAGAAAGUCGGGGCGUGACAGGGGGUUGAAAACUCUCCUCUGAGCGGGUUCAGCGAGCCUCCCUGCCUCCCGCUCGGCCCGGCCCCCGCCCGCCGCUAGCCACCGGAGGUCUCCAUCCUGACCCCCGUCAGGCCAACUGCCCGUGGAGGAGUGCUGGCUGUCUGGCCCUGGCCCUGGCUCCGGACGGAGGCUCUUGGUCACGGCAACGUCUGGCAGCCUGUAGUCUUCUGGCCUUGUUUUUGCGGGGCUCCCGGCGGUGUCCUCUCUGCUAUCAUUUAGCAGCCGGUUUCCUUAAAUACUGGGUCGAGAUACGGUUUUAAACAUGUUGCGCGGGGCUGGGUGCAGCGACUCACUUGUACCGGUGUCUUCACCCCUUUUCCUCAUCUGUAAGAUCAAGUGAUGCUGUUUGGAAAAAUUUCCCAGCAGUUGUGUGGCUUAAAGAAACCCCCACGGUCAUGUGACUACAGAAACUUUUGGGGCUGGUUGAAUGCAGUGUUUAAUAAAGUAGAUUAUGAACGCAUCAAGGAUGUGGGACCCGAUAGGGCAGCAUCUGAGUGGCUGCUACGCUGUGGGGCCACGGUGCGCUACCAUGGCCAGGAGAGGUGGCAGAAGGACUACAACCACCUCCCAACAGGACCUCUGGAAAAAUACAAGAUCCAGGCAAUUGAUGCCACCGAGUCCUGUAUCAUGAGAAUUGGAUUUGAUUAUCUGGAGGGCCUACAGCACGUUGAAAAAAUAAGACUAUGCAAGUGUCAUUAUAUUGAGGAUGACUGUUUGGAGAAACUUGGUAAACUGGAAAAUUUACAAAAAAGCAUACUGGAAAUGGAAAUAAUUUCAUGUGGGAAUAUCACAGACAAAGGAAUCAUUGCUUUAUAUCACUUAAGAAACCUCAAGUAUUUGUUGUUAAGUGAUCUUCCUGGAGUAAGAGAAAAAGAAAAUCUUAUCCAAACCUUUAAGACAGCACUGCCUUCUCUGGAACUAAAAUUAGACUUGAAGUAAAAUAAUAAUAUUCAAUAAGUGUCUUCUUUCAAUAUAAAGUAUCAUUUAAAAUUGUUGAUCCUAAAUAGCAGUAAAUAUUACAUAAUCAUCAACAGAACUUAAGGAUGUUGUAUCAUGUUUCAGAAGCAGAGAGCCCAUCAUGUAGAAAAUUAAUAUUCAGACAUGACUCACUGAAGUUACUAAGUUGGAAGUAAAAAUCUAUGCACAUUAAGUCAUUUUAAGAAAAAUGGAAACCAGGUUGCAGUUUAAUUCUGAUAUAUUCCUCAUUUUAUAUAAAUAUCUAUGUAGAUAACUUUUGUUGUAGAUGAUGACAGAGUUCUUUAAAGUGAUUUAGGGCAGGGCAUCUGGGUGGCUCAGUGGGUUAAAGCCUCUGCCUUCGGCUCAGGUCAUGAUCCCAGGGUCCUGGGAUCAAGCCCCCCCCUCCCUCGCAUCGGGCUCUCUGCUCGGCAGGGAGCCUGCCUCUCUGCCUUCUUGUGAUCUCUGCCUGUCAAAUAAAAUCUUAAAAAAAAAAAAAAAUUAUUUAGGGCACCUGGGUUGCUCAGUAGGUUAAGCAUCUGCCUUAGGCUCAGGUCAUGAUGCCAGGGUCCUGGGAUUCAGCCCCUCAUCAGGCUCCCUGCUCAGCUGGGAGCCUGCCUCUUCCCCUACUGUGGUCUCUUUCUCUCUCUGUCAGAUAAAUAAAAUCUUUAAAAAAUAUAUUAAAAAAACUAAAAAAAUUAAGUGAUUUAAACAUGCAACACAGAUACUCUUUAUAGUACUUUAUCAGUAAUUCAUACUACUGUUACCUUUUACUUUAAAGUUAUUGAAGCAUGUUACCAUAAAAGUGCAAUUAUGAUAAACUAAAAGCUAAAUUUCAGAUUCGUUGGUGGAGUCAAUGAUGAAAGGCAUUCGGUGGUUGUUGAGGCAUUUGUAUCGCUUCCCAGGAUUUGCAUGCAUUUCCAUGAUCCUACAUUCCUGUGUUCUUUAUAACAUACACCUUUCUUUGGCUAAUUUGUCUAUUUUGUAAUCUUAGUCUAGGGUUUUAUUAAAACUAGACAUAAAUACUUGGCUGAAUUCAAAUAGUUUUGCCAACUACAGUAGAACAGAGGAAAUGAUCAUGAAGACCAGCCCGGUUAUACUUCUUUUUUGCUUAAAUUAAAAGAUUGCUUUAAAUAGGAAAUUUUAACAUGUCAAUUAGAAACUAAUUUUUAUUCCCCCAUACAUAUUGGUUACCUCUUCCUAUGAGUUCAAGGGACAUCAAAAUGAAGUAUAAGUGCAAAAUUCAGUUUUUAUCUAGAAAGUAGUGACAAUAUCAGAUAUUGAUAAAAACAGAUCUUUAUUUUUACCCUGAAAUGGCCCUGGUUCUAUUACUAUUAAUGAUAUGCCACCUUGUUUAUAGAUUUCUGUAUGUUUGGUUUGAACAUUAUACUCUUAACUAUAACCUUGACUAGAAAUAGUUUUAAAAUAAACAGUGUAUGAUGCAGCA